GGUCCAAACAGUCUCUCUUAGUGAAGCAAGCGGUUCCAUUCGGUGACAUAAUAGUUAGUGCAUCCAUGUGAUUUUUUUUAUCACUGCCCUGGAAUAGAGAGCUCCGGGUGCUACUUUAUAUUUAUACUGUCAAUGGUGCUUCUUCCUCAACGAGCUCGGGUCUCACGGCGAGUAAAGACACCACUUGGCGCCUGCGUGUGUAGAGCACACCCUAAAUACGAAGAAAAGAUGAUCCGAGCGCCGUUUCCAGGAGGAUUGGGCAGCACGUUUUGUUCAGUUAUUUGUUUUGGCAAAUGCGCGGCGGGGAGACACACGAGCCUCUGCCAAGCAUACCAAAAUACAUUCACCCCAACGGAGAGAGUGAAGCAGAGAAUCCAGCACGGCUUUGAAAAAUUCAAGCAGGAGACUUUCUUGAGGCAACCAAAGCUGUUUCGCGAAGUAGCGGUGAAGCAGACUCCAAAGUUCAUGGUCAUUGCCUGCUCCGACUCGAGAGUAUGUCCCACGACAGUUCUUGGAUUCCGGCCAGGCGAAGCAUUUGUCGUCCGCAACAUUGCUAACAUGGUUCCUCCACCAGAGCAGGCUAUGAUCUAUCCCGGCACUAGUGCAGCUAUUGAAUACGCCGUCAUGGUUCUCAAGGUGGAGAGUAUAAUGGUGAUCGGGCACAGCAGGUGUGGUGGCAUCCUUGCUCUCAUGACUCAGAAGGAAAAUGUGAAACGGAGUGUUUUUGUUGAAGACUGGAUCCAGAUUGGGCUUGCGGCUCGUACCGCGGCUCUCAAGGCAGCAGCUGACAAGGACCUGGAACAGCAGUGCACAAUGUGCGAAAAGGAGUCUAUCAACUUAUCGCUGUCAAACCUCUUGGCUUUUCCCUUCGUGCACGACGCAGUCAUGAAUGGCAACCUCACGCUCCAUGGUGGCUACUACAACUUUGUGGAGGGCUCGUUCGAGUACUGGCUGUAUGGGGCGGAUGGGAAGACAGGUGCUCAUUCCCGAUUCUAAUCAGCAAGGCGGUCGAUCAAGCACUUGUAAGGGAGGAACGAGUUUACAGCACAAGGUUUUGUGAUCGCAUUGGCAAAUUCAUCUUAUCCUGCUCAAUAUAUUCUUUUUUAGCUCUUUUGGUAAAUAAAAGCAUACUUAAAGCUUGACUA